AUGUCGCUGACUAAAUUAUAACAUUAUUAACUUUCUUUCAGAAUGCAGCAGAGUAGAGACAAAUAAUUUCCUGAUUCUUGUAGUUAUUAACUUAAGGUAGUUUAUUUGAAGAUGAAGGCACAACUUAAAGAAGUUUUGGGCAUAUCUUAGGUAAAAUACAAUGGUUCUCUAUACCUUAUCCUUGUGGAUGCCUGUUUUCCUUCUCCCUUUUCUACUUCUAAUUAAAAGAAAGAUGGGAGUUGAAAGAGAAAACAAGCAUCUUCCACCAAGCCCUCACAAGUUUCCAAUUAUAGGCAACGUUCAUCAACUUGGAGGAUUGCCUCACCGCUCCUUGUGGCAACUCUCCAAGAAAUAUGGCCCAGUCAUGCUUCUCCAACUUGGUCGUGUACCUGCUGUUGUAAUUUCCUCAGCUGGGGCAGCAGAAGAGGUUCUAAAGAUUAAUGAUCUUCUUUGUUGCAGUAGACCUCCCUUAGCUGGUGCUGGAAGACUUUCAUACAAUUAUUCAGACAUAGCCUUUGCUCCAUAUGGUAAUUACUGGAGAGAGAUUCGGAAAAUAUGUGUUCUUGAGCUUUUUGGCACAAAAAGGGUGCAGUCGUUUCGGUUCAUUAGGGAAGAAGAAGUUGCUUUGUUGGUUGAUUCAAUCUUUCAGUUUUCAACUUCUGCAACUCCUGUUGAUCUUACUGAGAAGUUUGUAACACUUUCUGCAAAUAUAACAUUUAGGAUGGCUUUUGGAACAAACUUUGGAGCAACUGAUUUUGAAAAGGAUAGAUUCAAAAAAUUAAUUGAUGAUGCCCAGGCCUUGUUGGGAAGCUUCUCUGCAAAUGAAUACUUUCCACAUGUAGGUUGGAUUAUCGACAAGGUUUCUGGUUAUCAUACAAAGACAGAAAGAGUUUUCCAUGAGCUGGAUACUUUCUUCCGAUGGGUAAUUGAUGAUCAUAUUAAACAUGGAAAUGGAAGGACAGACAAUGGACAGGAAGACAUUGUUGAUGUGCUACUAAGAAUGGAGAAGGAGCAAACUGGAGUUGGUUCAAUUCAGCUGACAAAAGAUCACAUUAAGGCAGUUCUCAUGGACCUAUUUUUGGCUGGAGUAAACACCAGUGCAGUUACCCUGAUCUGGGCUAUGUCAGAGAUCGCUAGGAAUCCAAGAGUGAUGAAGAAAGCACAAGAAGAAGUUAGAAAUGUUAUAGGAAAUAGAGAAAGAGUCACAGAAAGUGACAUUGAUGAGCUUCCUUACCUUCACAUGGUAAUAAAAGAAACUCUGAGAUUGCACCCUCCUGCCCCAUUGCUACUUCCAAGAGAAGCCAUGUCGAAUUUUAAAAUCAAUGGUUAUGAAAUUUAUCCCAAAACGCUGAUCCAAAUCAAUAUUUGGGCAAUUGGAAGAGAUCCUAACUACUGGAAGGACCCAGAAGAAUUCUUUCCUGAAAGGUUUGUGGAUAGUUCCAUUGAAUUUACAGGACAAAAUUUUGAGUUUUUGCCAUUUGGAGCUGGUAGAAGAGGUUGCCCUGCACUAUAUAUGGGAACUAUAUCAGUGGAGCUUGUGCUUGCAAAUUUAUUAUAUUAUUUUGAUUGGAAACUGCCAAAUGGAGUUGAAGGAAUCAACAUGGAAGAAAAAGCUGUUCCUAGUCUCACCGUAUCCAAGAAGGAAGCUCUCAAACUUGUGCCUGUCAAUUUCCUGCAGUAGCUAUCUGAAGAUAAAUAUAAUGUAAGCUGAAGUGCAUUGCUUCACGUCUGUAUACUCUUAAUCAUAGUGUCAAAUUAUGUUUUUUAAUAUCUCUUUUUACAACACGGAAGAGAAAUAUCAAACUUCAAAGCUAUAUUAUGUACUGGAAUGAUCAAAUUAUGAAAAAGAAAUAUCAUUUCUCUA